AUGGGCGACCGUGACAAAAGUGAUUCAAGCUCUCAAGAUGAGAACUCUGAGCAAAACAUAACGAUUCCACCAAGAACCGCUCCAGCUGGCCCAAGCUACUUUGCCAGUGAGCCCCUACAGUUCCGAAUUCGUGGAACAAGUAUAACAGGGGCUUCACCUCCUCACUUUGUGACGUUGGAGGACAUUAUGAAAGCAGCCCAUGGCAUGAGGAACAUGGCUUUGGCUCAUGAGAUAGCUGUUGAUCAGGACUUUAAGCUGGAGCCAUUCGAAGCUCCUGAUAACAGCUAUCAAAAGCUAGUGAAAGAAACAAUGCAUCGGGCGUAUUUUGACAUAUUAAGAGAACAAUUGAACUCUGAUCCGCCUGUGUAUAAACAAGCACUAGUGUUAUUGGAAGAUGUGAAACAGGGAUUAUUCUCGAUACUUCUACCGCGUCAUACAAGAAUUAAGGAAAUGAUAGAAGAAGUCCUUGAUAGAGAUUUUAUCAAGCAGCAAGCAGAGAACAACAGUUUAGACUUCCAGAAGUAUGCAAAGUUUGUUAUAGACCUGAUGGCAAAGCUGGCUGCUCCCGCAAGAGAUGAAAUGAUACAGAACAUCACUCAACUUACUGACACUGUAGACAUAUUCCGUGCUAUUUUGGAGACACUAGAAGUUCUCAAGUUGGAUUUGGCCAACACAUUAAUAGCCAUGAUAAGACCACACGUGCAGAAAGAAAGUGUUCAAUAUGAAAGAAAUAAAUUUGAUGAAAUGCUCAAACUCUCUGAGGAUGGACUCCAAUACACCCGUGAAUGGUUGCAACGACACAUCGAGAAGGCAGAGCUUACUCUCCCGGUCACAGACACAAAUAUCAUAAGAAACGUCACAGCCCAAACACUGGCCAAAGCGUACUUGGAGUUACUUGAGUGGGAUGAAUCGAGAGGAUAUCCAGAGACUAUACAACUCGACAAGCCCCGCUUUGAUGAGCUGGGAUUUCAAGUUUAUCGGCUUGUUUGUGUUGCUUCAUUAUUGCUAGUCAGUCCGUCGUGUGGCAAUGAGUUUGACGCGAACCAUAAAAAACUACUUAAAGACAAGAUUGACAUUAUUAUAGACAAUGCAUCUAAUGACAUAGAAUUAAAAGAAGUACUACCUUCCAUAGCCGAAGAAGUUAUACAAAUGACGGAACAGUUGUUAGAAGGUAUGAAUCAAGAGCCUCUAAGUGGAGAAACAAAAGAUCUCAUACGCACACAGAUUAUAUCAAUCAGUGAUCCAGAACAUAGAGUGAGGCAGAUUGUUCGCCAAAGGGUGCUUGAGUUCCUAAAAGUGAUCCUUGUAUGUUCCGGUGGGUCCAGGCAGAUACCAGUUGGACUAUCAGCAUUUACUAAAGAACUGACCUCGGUGUCAGGCACCUUACUACGUUAUGUUAUGCAUAACAAGGCAGUAUUCACACAACACUAUAUGGAUAUGAUCGCUAAGGAACUCAGUAACUGA